UCAUCUUCUGCUGUUAGUCGUUCUCAGCUACUCGAAUUGAUAACAUACAAAUUGUACAGUUUUCUUUCUGAAGAUAUUUUUCUCUUCUUUACAAAAGAGAGUUGGUAGAAGAUAUUCGCGUUUAAAAAAAAAUAAAAAAAAAAAGAGAAAAAACAUCAAAGAAGAUUUUUUAUCGAUGGAGAUCAUUGUGAUUAUUUUAACGAUUCUUGCGGUAGCCUUGGGUCUUUAUCAUUAUCGUAUACGCGAUGUUUCUUAUUUCAAAGAAAAUCGAUUACCUCAUGAUAGACCGUUACCGAUAUUCGGCAAUCUUGCAGCUUUCUUUUUCCGACGUAAACCAGUCCACCUGAUAUUGGCAGAUAUGUAUAAUAAAUAUUCUCAAACGAAAUAUUUCGGAUUUUACGAUUUCAGAAGUCCGAUUAUAAUUCUACGUGAUCCAGAAUUAAUCAAUUCAAUUGCUAUUAAAAAUUUCGACAAUUUUACCGAUCAUACGAGUUUUGUGAUAGAACACGAACCGUUACUCGCUAAAAAUCUUUUUCAAUUACGCGGUGAUAAUUGGCGAGAAAUGAGAAAAAUGUUGAGUCCUACGUUUACAUCGAGUAAAAUGAAGAUGAUGUUUGGAUUGAUACAAGAGUGCGCGGAUAAUUUUGUUCGUCAUAUAGCGAACAAAUCUGUAAACGGUUGGACCACAGAAAUGAAAGACAUAUUUAGUAAUUAUACGAACGACGUGGUAGCGACUACUGCGUUUGGGAUUCGCAUCGAUUCCAUGAAGGAUCCAAAUAACGAGUUUAUUACUCUCGUCAAAAAAGUAUUGAACUUCGAUAGUAUACUUUCGUUGAAAUUAUUACUAGGCAGAAAUUUUCCAUGGUUGUUCAAAUUAUUUCGAAUCAAAUUGUUCGGCGACAAGGUGCACAAUUUUUUUCGCAAAGUUAUCAUAGACAAUAUUAAAACUAGACAGGAUAAUGGUAUUAAUCGUCCUGACAUGAUUCAAUUGAUGAUGGAAUCGCGAGAUAAAAUGCAAUUAACUUACGAUGACAUGACGUCACAAGCCUUUUUGUUCUUCCUCGCUGGAUCGGAUGCUACCUCAACGUUUAUGAGUUUCUUUACUUACGAAUUAGCAUUAAACACGGAAGUUCAAAACAAGUUGAGGGAUGAAAUAGACGAAUGUUUGAAAUUAACUAAUGGCAAACCUACUUAUGAUGUUAUCAUGAAUAUGAAAUAUUUGGAUGCAGUGAUCAAUGAAACCUUGAGACUUUACCCAUUGACUGUGUUUGUCGAUAGAUUUUGUUCGAGGAGUUUUGAAUUACCACCAGCAAUACCAGGAGACAAAUCGUUUACCAUUAAACCUGGAAUGAGCGUUUGGUUUUUGCCCUAUGCCAUACAUCGUGAUCCGAAAUAUUAUCCGAAUCCCGAUAAAUUUGAUCCAAAUCGAUUUAUCGAUGGAAACAUUGAUCCAUUGGUUUACUUUCCUUUCGGUAUUGGCCCUAGAAUUUGUAUUGGUAAUAGAUACGCCUUAAUCAUCUGCAAAGUUGUAUUUUUUUAUUUUGUAGCUAAUUGCGAAUUUAAAAUAUCAUCUAAAACUCAAAUACCAAUGAAAUAUAGUAAAAAAAGUAUGGUAAUGACGGCUGAAAAUGGCUUAUGGUUGAAAAUUCAAACGCGAAAAGAUAAGGAUAAUUGAUUGAGGAAAUAAUAAUAAUUACUGAACAAAAAAAAUUACCAAUUUUCAUUGUAAUUUAACUUAAUGAUAAUAAUUAUGUUCUUUUUUAAAUAAGAAAAAAAUCUCAUCAAUUUAUUCGAAAGAAUAUUGUUUCUUUUUACACAAAAUAUCUGACUAUCUCCUAUUGUAAUAAUAUUUUAAAUAAAAAAAAAAAAAGAAAGAAUUCUAAUU